UAACGUCAACCUACUACAUUUGGCAGGCGCUAUACAUACGCUAUGGAAAAGGAUUACAAUUUCAUCGACUUGUCUGCUGGAUCAAUGACUAAAUCUAUUGAAUCACCCCUUUACCGGUGAUUUUAUUUAUGAAUGUGUAUAUACAUUUGUAUAUGUAUAUAUAUAUAUCAAUGCCUGUGCAUAUGUCGCGGUGUACCAUUGCGUUGGAGUUAUUUUUCAAAAUUGUCGUUUAAAACAGAAAGUUUGUGUAUUUUUACACUAAAAAAUUAAGAAACUGUGUUUUUUUAACACUGAAAAAUUAAGAAACUGUGUUUUUAACACUGAAAAUUUUAGAAUAAAUUAACUGUGAUGGAGCAUUUAAGUCUGACUGGAAGUUACCGCGAAAUUGGCACAGAGCUGGGACAAAUAACAGCAGAUAGUUUAAAAAAAAUUCUCGCAAAGUUCAAAAAUUCUGACCUAUAUGAGAAAACUGCCCAGUAUAUAAAGAAGUCAGAAGGAGCCCACGUGUUGUCAACGUUCAAAGAUACGGUGAAGAAGUAUUGUGGUAACUAUUUGGAAGAAUUUAAUGGAUUGGCUGAUGGCGCGGGAGUGGAUGUCAACGAUCUGUUCCUACUGAACUGUGACUCGGAAUUUGCUGCAAUAUUAGAAGAAACCCCUGUUAGCAGCCACGACGUGCUAUAUUCAUCUCUAUACGACGGUUGUACAAAUAUCUCCAUGGAAACGGACGCAAGGGAGGUGUAUCUGGCCCAUACAGAAGAUAUCGGUCCAUUAGCCAGAGAUUUGGGUGUAAUGUUGACGGCAAAAUUCACAGUCGGCGGGAAGGUAACUGAAUGCUGGACAGAUUAUCAUAUACCAGGAAUAUUAUCCGGGUCCAAGUUCUUCUUCAAUAGUCAUGGCAUCAUGGCAGGAGCCAACAACAUUUAUCAGAAAGGAGUCAACAGAAAUGGAAUUCCACGUAAGUUUAUGUGCCGGUCGUUGAUGGGAAUUCGAGAUGCAGCUCAAGCAGUAAAACUACUCCAAAAGCAGCCAGGUAUUGCGACAGCUUACUGUUUCCAGUACCUGCAGAGAACGUGUAAUGGAGUAGAAACUACUGUAAUUGAAGUAGCAGGAACGUCAGACGGUAGUCACGUGACCGUUUUCAAACCUAAAGGAUAUUAUCACCAUUGCAACAUGUUUCAACAUUUGCACCACGAAUGCCACCCCGAGGAGAGCUCUGUACACCGAGCUGCGGUUAUUUCGCAGUAUGUCAACAGAGGACAAACACGAACGAGGAGACACUUGUUGAGUGCAAUAUCAAAUCGUCAAGAUACAAAGUUUCCAGUUCAUCGAAACGGACAAUACCCAGAUUACCUGGCGACUGGGUCAACGGGAAUUUUUGACGUAGCUGCAGGGACGAUGGAAGUGUAUACUGAUAUUCCGGAGACCUCGCAACCACAGCAUGUGUUCAAAGUGCCCAAAUCUUAGUUUGUUUUCUACCUUAAAUAACACUAAUGCAUAAUAAUAAUAAUAAUAAUUGCAUAAUAAUUGCAUAAUAAUAAUGAUAAUAAUAAUAAUAAUAAUAAUAAUGAUGAUGAUGAUGAUGAUGAUGAUGAUACUGAUAAUAGAGAUUGAGAGUUGGGCCGCAGGUUUAUGUAUUUGAAACUAGCCUCAUAACUCUUAUAUCUGAUUGGUUGUUUCAAAGCACAGUCUGGCAAGAUUUUAUUCAAUCUUAGACUGGUUUCAAAACUCAGUUUCAUAUGCAUAACGACUGGAUUCGAAGGUAUAAAACUGAAUUACGAGACAAGUUGUUUUGAAAGCACAAUACUGGUAUUGACCAUUAGAAGGAUUUCAUUGGAAGGCUGGUCUCAACACUCAUUUUAACAAACUGAGUAUUGUUAGAGAACUGUCUCUGUCAGCGAAUUGCAGAAGUUUUGUUAUCUCAGGUAUAUAUGUUCAAAUUGCUAGCAAAUUACAGAUAUCUAGUGACACUUUUGCUUCUUAUGCAUACCUGUGUGCCAUACAGGAUGUGUAUUAUAUUUACAUGUUUAUAUAUAAUGAUAGUGCAAUGAUUUAUAUGUUAUAAAGGUUAUUUAGUCUCAAAGUCUUACAUAUAUUUUAGCUUUGUGUAUUGAUAAUGUCAUACUUAGCAGUGGUCUGGUGACUUGCUUUGAUUUUUUUUCCAAAGAAACAACAUGGUUUGUAGCAUACCAAAAUAAAGAGGAAAGAUUAUGCUA